AUGCAGGAGCAGAUUUUCCGGCGAGCCGACAAGAACGAUGAUGGGAAGCUGUCAUUUGAGGAGUUCAAGAACUAUUUUGCUGAUGGGAUCCUGAGCUCGGAGGAGCUGUGGGAGUUGUUCAGUGGCAUUGACAGGCGUCAUUCAGAUAACGUGGAUACAGAGAAACUGUGUGAUUAUUUCUCAGCAUAUCUGGGAGAAUACAGGAAUGUGCUUUCUGCCCUGGAAGCCCUCAACUCUGCAGUCCUGGCAGCCAUGGACAAGACCAAGCUGAGGUACGAGACUUCCUCGAAGAUGGAGCAGUUCCUGACCCGUUUCCUGCUGCGGGAGACCAUGCACCAGCUGCAGUCCCUGCAGGCCUCGCUGGAGUGUGCUGUGGACACCGUGGAGGAGCAGGCGGGACUGGAGAGAAAGGAGGUGCAGAAAUCUGAGACCUCGGUUGGCCUGAGGUCAGGGAGACGAUGCGGACGCAGGGGGCAGAAGAACAUCCGUCUGUCUCCAACGGACCCUUAUUCUGGGAUGCUCACUACAGGUGUUUGUGUCCAAGACAACAGCCAGUGGAUGGCACAGAUCAAUCAGCUCCAGCAGCUCAUCGAGAAACUGGAGUGCAAGAGCCCACGCCUGGAGCCACUGAAGGAGGAGGAGAUGUGCAAAGGAAGAGAUGAACACAUCCUGGUGGCCAAGAGGCAGAUCUCAGUGGCCACGGGCAGCAUCGAGAAGUUCCGCCAGGCGCUCAGGUCCUACACGGAGGGCACGGCCGGGCAGAGCUGCUGCCUGCAUGUGUCUGCCUGCAAGCUGACAGAUGAGGCCUGCUUCAUCCUUUAUGAGUUCUGGCAGGAUGUGACUUCGUGGAGAAGCCACUUGCAGUCCAGCUGCAGCAAGACUUUCCAGCAGGCCAUCAGCAGCUUGUUGGAGUCCCCAGAGCUGCUGACCACCAUGCUCUUCCCAGCAUCUUGGUGGAUCAUGAACAACAACUGA